AUGGAUGCGACUGCGGCAAGCUAUGGGACAGGCCAAUUGCCCCUGGCGGGGGCCAUCCUCUGCUGCACAUCAAUCGCCCCCGAACAGCGCGCGCAACUCGCACACAUCGGUGGGGAGAUGGGCGCGACCAUCAAGCUAGACCUCACCUCGGACGUAACGCACCUCAUUGUCGGCAGCCUCGAUAGCGCCAAAUACCGCUACGUCGCCAAGUCCCGUGACGACGUCAAGGUCCUCUCGCCAGCAUGGGUUGAGGCGCUGAGGGAGGUCUGGGUCAGCGGCGAUGAUGUCGAUGUGGCGGCACUGGAGAAGGCGCACCAGAUGCCUACCUUCUUUGGACUGAAGAUAUGUCUGACUGGCUUCGACGACCCUGAGCAGAGGCGGAGCAUACAGGAGGCUGUCGUCGCACACGGUGCCGAAUACCAUGGGGACCUGACCAAGUCGGUCACCCAUCUCAUAGCCGCCGCGCCAUCGGGCAAGAAGUACGAGCACGCGCUGAGCUGGAGAAUGAAGAUUGUGUCCCUCGAAUGGUUCGAGCAGAGUCUCGAGAGAGGCAUGGCCCUCGAUGAGGCUCUCUACAGCCCAACCAUUCCAGUCGAAGAGCGGGGACAGGGUGCGUGGGACCGCAGAGAGCCCAUCUCGCCAGCCGUAGGCAAGCGCACACGAGACGCAGAGCCAAGCCAGGCCUUGAAUCCCUUUCGGAGAAAGCUGCGGCGGUCGGCCAGCACAAAGUUCGGCAGCCAGAGUGAGGCCCUGUGGGCGGGCAUCACGGCACCGAGCUUCGAGCGACAGGUGGUCGAGGACGAGUGGACAGAGGACACUAUUGCUAAGCAGCAAAGCAUGCGAGCAAGCCCGCGCAUUCAGACACCCGCAUCACCUCAUAAAGACGCAUCCGCGCAUGCGCACCAUGCGCUUACCGCGUCGAACCCUGUAGACCCUGCAGAUUCACAUGAGCCGCCCCUGCCUCGGCAGCCUGACGAGGCGUUGAGUCAUCAUGGCAUUUUCCAAGGCCGCAUCGUUUGCCCACAUGGCUUUGACGCGGAAAAGACCAGCAUCUUACGACAACAUCUCGAGAGCAAUGGCGCGCGCGUCAUCCGCACAAUUGACCUCAACAACUCCCCAUUGGAUCUUCUCAAACCGGGCUAUCUGGUGAUACCGCAUGACACUGAGGUUGAUCUGACAGCACUUCCGGAUCAAGCCGGCGCGCAUCUAUCCCUCGUUACUAAUUGGUGGGUCGAGCGGUGUCUGUACGGCAAGCGUCUUGUAGACCCCGCAGACGAUGUAUUAAGUCGACCUUUCCAACGACUAAGCAUUAGUGGCUUCUCUGGCUUGACGAUCAACUCGACGGGGUUUUCCGGCAUCGAAUUACUGCAUGUGACCAAGGUCGUCACUCUGAUGGGCGCCUCGUACGAUGAGCAGCUGUCUGCAAAGACCUCGGUUAUCAUCUGCAACCCGCCGACUAUGAACUCGCCAAAACUCAAAUUCGCAGCAGAAAAGCGGAUACCAGCAGUUCAUGUUAACUGGCUCUGGGAAUGCUUGCGUAGCGGACGCCUGCAGUCGUAUGCCGAGUAUCAGUUGAACAAGUCGUCUCACUCUGCACCACAAACCCCCAAGCACACGCCUCAGCCCCAAGCAAACGCGUCGCCUAAGCCACCUUCUGAGGCCUCCUCUAAGCCUCAUCAGAAAGCGCCAGCCUCGAGCAAUGUGACGAAACCACAACGCCAACAGCUGCCCCAGCGACCUGGCACGCUUGAUCUUGCAUUGUCUGCCGGUGGCGCUCCGACGCCAACAACUGAAAAGUCCGCUCGUCCCAGUGAUGCUGCUAACAAUCUGGCUCACCAUGAUCAAGAACAGGUCAUCGGCGGAUAUGACGGCGGAGCAUCCCAUCCUCUCCAAGAAACCAGCGCCAACUCCCCACAUCCCUUCUCACGGCCGAGAAGCUCAUCUGCGGAGUCGCUCAUUGCCCCCAUACCCCGCAAAUCUAAGAACAGUCGAGAUGUAGCCGCAAAUCCACUAGAUCCGGAGACUGGCCCAGAUUGUGCCAUUCCACCAGAUACCAAGCCGACAGUACCACAAGGACCACCCAACGACAAAGAAGCACAAGAGAAGGACUACUCGUCUAUCCUAGCCCAACUACGCGCUAACCGCAAGACUGCGCCUGCGCCUGCUGACCAAGCUGCCUCUAAAUCACGCAUACGGCGUCAGCUGGGCCGCGCGACGUCUGCGCGUUCGAACGCAUCGGGUGGAGACAGUUCUGUUGAUAUACUUGCAGACGACAACGAGAACACGAUAAUGGUAGACGAGUAUCAGCCCAGUCAGGAAUUGGGUUGGGAUUCCCCGGGCGCAGCCAAAGCGAGGGAGCAAAUGAUUAGAAAACUUGGAGGUACCGUACAAGAGAAGAGUGUGACUGUUGAAGGUAUCGGUGUUGUGAGGGAUGCUGGAGGUGAAGGAGCAGCAGGGAGAGCGGCAAGGAAGAGAAGAGGAUGA